AUGGAUUAUAAGAAAGGAAAAAGAGGUGCCGAUAUUAAGAGAGCAAAUACCAAAGGAUCAAAGCUACUAAAACUGUCAGAUAAAAAAACAUUAAAUAAUGAAAAUCAACAAGAAAAUGUGAUGCCAAAAUUUGGGAAUGAUAGCACAAUCUUGGAUCUGAUGACACCAAUAUUUCAAAAAUCAGAACCAGACAGCAUAAUCCGGAUUGGAGUUUUGGAUCUGGAUGAUCCACUCUUUCUAAAGGUUCCAUACAAUAAGAUCAAAGAAAGAUAUUCAAUGAAACUAAAUCAAGAAAUAGAGGACUCUGAUAUCAAUGAUAUUGUAUUUAAUCGUAUAGAGAAUAUAUCAAAAUUAACAAAUAUUGAUGGUGCAAGUUCAAUGUUAAAAAAUUUUUACAAGGAUGAUAACGUAUUUGGACUUGAUCUAAAUGAUGCUUUACUAUCUUUCAUUCGAAUCAUAUUUGAAACAAUUCUCAGAUACUUUAAAUUAGAUCCUCAGUAUUGGAAUCGAGAACAUUCAGAACCACACAUUACUAGUGGAUUAUUUUUUCAUACAUUUUUUAAUUUAUUUUAUGGUACCAAUUAUAUAGUAGAGUCUAAUAAACCACUUUUUGCAAACAAAGUCAGGAGAAACAAAUUUAAAACAUUGGAUGAUAAUAUAGACCAGGCCCUUGUUCCUGAUAUAGUUAUUGAAUCAUUGUUAUUUCGAAGAUCUGAAGUCUUAAUUGUUGAAGGUAGCAAAUACAAAGAAAGUGAAGAUAUAAAAAAAGAACUUUCUGAUACUGUAAAAUUAUGUACCGAAUUACAUGACAUGCUUAAUUUUAUAAGUGAAAAGGCAAUUUCAGAAUCAGACUUGGAUCAAACUGAUAAGAUUAAAGUGUAUGGAGUUAUAGUUUCUGGCAAUGAAUGUGACUUUCCUGUCACUUUUUACGAUUUCCCACAAAUGAGAAAAGCAAUACUACAAUUGGUUAAAUUACGUAUCUCUGUGGAUAAAAACAUCAAGAAAUUAAUAGAUAUUUCACAAGAGUUAGAAUUAGGGUACAAAACACCACUCUCACAGUCAAUAAGUUGGUCAAUGAAGAUUGAAACAUCUCCUAUGUCUGCUCGAAAAUUAAAAUUAGAAGAAUUGAAAAAGAAGAGAAAAUUACCAAAAGAUUUUUAA